CGAUAUUGCUUCGCGCAGUGUGAACUUAUUUAUCUAUUAAUAGAUUUACAUAUAUUGUACAAAUUACCUUUCUAUAUUGAAUAAGCAAAACGAAAACGGAAAUGUUGCGUGUUAAAUAUCUUUUAUGUGUCUUUGCAGUUUUUAGUGUCAUUAAUUUUAAUGGAAAUACAAGUGCUUUGGAAUGCUACGUCUGCCGCGGAUGUCACGAUGUGACUGAAGACGAUAUUAAGACUUGUUAUCCGCGGACAACCACGCAAGCACCAACCACAAAAUCUACGACCACGGAAUCUACGACCACGGAAUCUACGACCACGGAAUCUACGACCACGGAAUCUACGACCACGGAAUCUGCGACCACGGAAACUACAACCACAGAAACUACAUCCACGCCUACGACCACGCCUACAACCACGCCUACAACGACGUCUACCACCACAGAAACAACAACCACGCCUACAACGACGUCUACCACCACAGAAACAACAACCACGCCUACGACCACGUCUACCACCACAGAAACAACAACCACGCCUACGACCACGGAGUCUACGACCACGGAGUCUACGACAACGGAGUCUACGACCACGGAGUCUACGACCACGGAGUCUACGACCACGGAGUCUACGACCACGGAGUCUACGACCACGGAGUCUACGACCACGGAGUCUACGACCACGGAAUCUACGACCACGUCUACCACCACAGAAACAACAACCACGCCUACAACGACGCCUACGACUACAGAACCUACGACCACGUCUACCACCACAGAAACAACAACCACGCCUACAACCACGGAAGAUACGACCACGGAGUCUACGUCCACGUCCACGACCACGGAGUCCACGACCACGUCUACCACCACAGAAACAACAACCACACCUACGACCACGGAUGAUACGACCACGGAGUCUACGUCCACGUCCACGACCACGGAGUCUACGUUCACGUCCACGACCACGGAAUCUACGUCCACGUCCACGACCACGGAGUCUACUUCCACGUCUACGACCACGGAAUCUACAAUCACUCCUACGACCACGGAAGAUACGACCACGGAAUCUACGUCCACGUCCACGACCACGGAGUCUUCUUCCACGUCUACGACCACGGAAUCUACGACCACGGAAGAUACGACCACGGAAGAUACGACCAGGGAAUCUACAAACACGACAGAUACGCCACAAAGUCGGCUCUUGCGCCAUGUUCGUUCUUAUUCAAGAAAAACUGUAUUAAACCGAGAAGAAAACGGCGACAAUGAGCCACGAUGCUUUGUUUCAGUCUUCCAAAUAAACGGCGAGACUGAUGUGAUCCGUGGCUGCGCGUACGCAUCUGAUGUUGAUGAGGGUGACAAUUCUCGGUGUAGCCAGGCAUUACUGGAGGAAAACCUCAGCGAUGCGGAUUUGCAAAGUUGUAGAAUUUGCGACGAAGGUCUUUGCAACAGAUCCACGAAAACAGUCAUCGGUUUCGUGAUUCUUGUUGCCAGUAGUCUAGUUCACUUUUUAUAAAUUAACAUUUAGAAUAAUGGAUUUAAAUCAUGUGCGUGUCAUUUUAACUAUGAAUUCGUUACGAUACUAUAUCUUAAAUAUCGUACUUCCGAACCGCGUGGAGGUCGACCUGACAUUGUACAUUAGGUACUAUCAAUGGGGUCCUAGUCCUUACUUACUAUUACAACUAACAAUCUCUUUCCUCUCUGCAUAAGUAUAUCUGAUUGUUUGUUAUCUUUUCACAAGUAUAACUCAAGAUAUUAAUAAAAUUUCACGAGAAACAUACAUAAAAACUUCAACUUCUGAUUUUUUAAAUAUAUUUAAAAAAAUAUAUUAUACAGUCAUAGAUUUCAUAUAAGUAACGGAUACUUUCCACAUACACAAAUCUUAAUAUUAAGUAAUUAUUAGUGUUUCUACAAUAUAAGACACGACACAAAUAUCAAUCUCAUUGAUUUUUGUCUAGAAUCGAUAUAGAGAUUAUGUAUUUAUUAAUAAAAACUAUGAAUCAUGGAGGCAUUAUUUAUCUAUGUGACGCAAUUUAACGACAGUAAUUUAUUUCAUACAUUAAACUGUUUAUGUCCUCUUUUUUCAAACUACGUUCUUUAUUUAAAAGAAAGUGACAAAACAUUGUUUCACUUUUUAUGAACAAGAUAGAGAUAAUAAAUCUUCUUGCAAACUCUUUACUUUUAGGAAAAAGAUCACUCUCUGGUGUUAUACAAAUAUAGUAUAGUAGUAUUUAAAACUAACAAAUGUUACCUGUGUAAAAUAUGCAUACAUAUGUAUUUAAGUAUAUAACCCGUACAUGAAAUACAAUUUUUGUGUGCAGUCUCUCUUUUAUCUGAUACGUUAAUAGAUACAUUAUACCUCAAUGAAAGUAAUUUUAUUAUCGUCGUAUUUUAUUUAUUUAUUAUAAAUAAUUUAUAUUACACUUUAUAUGAAUAAGUGUAUCUAUAAAUUUAUUGUUUGCCAUCACUUAGUUUUUUAAAACAUAUUAGUUAAAUGAAAAUUAGUGCUUGUUGCAAAAUACGUGUAUGUAAACAUAUAUGUGAAAAUGAAUACCGACAAGAAAUGUUAUCUGUGUAUACGAUAUCCAAUAAGUUUGUACCCCUUUUUAGGAUAAUUACGUGGACGAAAGAGUACAAAAAUUAAUUUGGUACAGUUGAAGUUUAUGUGGAAACAGAGUGCAGAAAGUUAUAUUUUUUUAUUAAUAAAAAAAACAUCCACACACCAUCAUAGAAAUAGAAAUAGAAAUAAUCUUUAUUCAAAUAAACUUAAUAUAAGCACUUUUGAAUAGUCAUAUAUUUUUUAAUUAUUCGGAAUGCAGACUCAUCACAAGAAGAAUGAGCAAUAAACUUCUGGUUUCUUUUUUAAAUAAAUAUUGUUUUAAUUAGAUUUGCAUUAACAAGGAUUAGGCAUGCGGCAAUUAACAUAGAAACCGCUAUGCACUUAAUCUCUGUUAAGUUACAUAAUAGUUUAGACAAACUGACAAUAGAACUGUAAUAUCGAUCAAACAUAAAAUUUUAUUAAAUUUCCACCACUGGUUAUAAUUAUUCUGCCCUAAUUGAUUAGCAGCUAGUGACAAGCAUGUACUAUCAAAACAAUCUCAUAUGUGACAGUCAAACAUUAGAUAACAGGUACUUACAUAUAAAAGGAAGCCAAACCAAACAAAGGAAAUCACUAAGCUUGUAAAUCAAUUAUCAUUAAUGUAUACUUUUACGUAAGUAUAAAAAGUGGUCUGCGUGGGUACCUCAGUCUCACCUAUUUCUAUAUUUGUAAAUUAAUAAAAUAAUUUAAUAUAUUUCUUUAUUUUAAAAUAUUUAUAAUAAGUAUUGAAA